UAAUUAUUCAUGGAGAUGGCUUACAGGGUCAUAAACAGAAGAAGGCAUGUGGGACUUCAACAACUUUCGUCAUUUGCACAAACAGGAAGAAGUUUCCUAGGUCCAGUAAAGGCCACCAAGUUUAUUACAGAUGCAGAGUGUCAUGAAAGUGUGUUAGUCGGAUCAACAGUCAGGCUUCUUGAAGGAUUGGAUCUAACCUGUGCCGUGGGGCACCUUCUCAACGAAGCAGUUCAAGCACAGAAUGUCAUGUACAAAACUGGAACCAGCACUCUUUUAUUUCUUGUUGGUACAUGGAGCAGGGCUGUUGAAGAUUGUCUCCAUCUGGGGAUUCCCACUACAGUAAUAGUGUCAGUGAUGUCAGAAGGCCUGAACUCUUGCAUUGAAGCAGUAGUGUCCCUUCAAGUACCCAUACACAAUGUAUUUGAUCAUAUUGACAACACAAGUACAGUUUAUAAACUUGAAACCGUUGAUGUCAGUUUGUGUCCCUUUCUACAAGUCCCUUCAGGUUCUGGGUUGUUAGAGGAAAAACAUGAUUUCAAAGAUACCACAUCUCAGUUGUUGUCCACCUACAGUCUUUCUGGGAGACGUGCUAAAUCACCCGAAUUCUUCAAACCCCAGACUAAAGUUGAAACAGAAAACACAUCACAAGCUCUGAAAAACAAUCUAUACACAGAUUCCUUCUGCAGAAAGUCAGCACUAACUCACAGUAGGCAUUUUAAUAGAACAGAAAAUAGCCACUGGAUAAGCAGACCUGAUGGAUUUCUAGAACAACUUCGAUCAACUCCGAAAGUGCUUAGAUGUAAUGAUUUGGGGGAGUUAGCGGUUGGCUUGAGCCAUGGAGAUCACAGCAACAUGACAUUGGCUAAAGCAGCAGUGAGGCUGCAGUGGCAGGCUGUGUGUCUGCAGCCUGCCAACUGUAUGGCACCCUUUAUGUUUGAUAUUUCAAGACUACUCACCUGCUGCCUCCCAGGUUUACCUGAAACUUUCUCCUGCGUUUGUCUAGGAUAUGUCACUUCUGUAACCAUGCCUAGUAUUCCUCUGAUUAAGGAGUUGCAGGAUCAGCCUUUCCGGGUGAUUCUCAUCGAGGGUGACCUCACAGAGAGUUACCGCCACCUGGGAUUUAAUAAGUCUGUAAAUAUUAGGACAAAGUCAGAUAGUGGGCAGCUUUCAGAAGACAGCACAGAAGAACUGUGGACAAAUCGUGUGUUAGAGGUGUUGAUUCAGUUCAAUGUGAACCUCAUCUUGGUACAAGGAAGUGUAUCUGAACACUUGACUGAAAAAUGCAUGCACAGUAAGCGGCUGGUAAUUGGCUCAGUGAAUGGCAGUGUGCUGCAGGCAUUUGCAGAGGCCACAAGAGCAGUGCCAGUGGCCUAUGUUACACAAGUGAAUGAAGACUGUGUGGGCAAUGGAGUCUCUGUGACCUUCUGGACAGGUCCUCAUGAUACAAACAGGAGCAACAGAGCAAUCUUGUUAACAGCAGAAGGAAUUAAUUUGAUUACAGCAGUACUCACCAGUCCAGCAAGUGCUCAGGUGGAAAUGAAGGAAGACAGGUUCUGGUCUUGUGUGAAUCGUUUGUGUCAUGCCCUAAAAGAGGAGAAGGUUUUCCUUGGAGGUGGUGCUGUUGAAUUUUUAUGUCUUAGCCAUCUUCAAAUUCUUGCUGAGCAAUCUUUAAAUAAAGGACACCAUGCUUGUUUAGGAUGGCUUCCUGAUUCUUCCUCUUGGAUGGCCUCAUCUCUGUCAGUCUACAGACCUACUGUGCUGAAGUGCCUGGCAGGUGGGUGGCAUGAAUUCUUGUCAGCUAUCAUGUGCAACACUGCCACUUACCCAUCAGCAGUGGAAGCUAGCACAUUCAUUCAACAUCAUGUACAAAAUGCCGCUGACUCUGGCUCUCCUUCAUCGUAUGUCUUGAGUGAAUAUAAUGGACUAAGUAGUGGACUUUUUCAUUCAGGUAUUUCCGAUAACCUGGAGCUGGUUCCAAGAGUUUAUGAUACUGUUACACCAAAGAUUGAAGCGUGGCGCCGAGCGUUGGAUUUAGUGCUCUUAGUGCUUCAGACAGACAGUGAAAUAAUUACUGGACUUGUACACACACAGAUGAAUUCUCAGGAAUUAGAUGGAGUUUUAUUUUUGUAG